CUAUAUAUUAACUACACUGUUCUCGAUACACCGGAAAGCACCGAUUUCUUCACUAAAAUGAAGCUCUCUAUUAUGUCCACGAUCAUUGCAAUCAUUUGUGGAGCCCUGGCGGCCCCUACUACCGAAGGCCAAGACACGCCAAAUAGCGGCCUGGGGUCUCGCGGCGUUGCCAGUGGUUGCUAUCCCUUUGCUCUCCCUCGUUGCGGUCUCUCCGAAACAUACUGCCAGUGUGCUGACGGGCGCUUUUACGAUUACAACGGUAAAAAGGGGUGUAACCCACCCGGAGGAAUAAUCUCUGAGUCGGUCACUGGUAUACCGGGAUAUACCUGCACCUAGCUGGGAACCCUCCAUUGAGUUUAUGUUGAACGUAAACUGAUAAUGAAAUAUGUUUUUGUCUUUGUGCGCUUUGUGUCAUCGAC